AUGGCUCCUACCCCGGAGGAUGCCGUCUUUGCAAUUUCCGCCCAGGCAACUCAGCUGGGCAAUCGCAUCUCCGUGCGGAUGCUUGACUACCUAAGUACGGUGCACGACAUCCCUGAUGGCUUUGGAGAUCUCUCAAAGGUCUUUCUCGAUACCUGUCGCUCCUUGUGGACAAUCGAAGCCGGCCUCAGCGAGUCGACAACGGCGAACCGGCCGCUGCCCCGGAUAAUUGUUCAGGAGGUGGAAAAGAAGUUUACAGAGGCAUACCGAGAAUUCCAGCACCUGGACCGGGUCGUGACCAGGUUGAUCCAGUACGAACACCGUGGGGCACUGGGAAAGCUACAAAGGGGAUGGAACCGACCGAGCCACGAGCUGGGCAAGAUCCGGGAGUCGCUCAAGAACACGAUGGAGGCUCUACAGAUCAGUGUCCUGGCUUUCCACUGGUCCCUUGGCGAUGCAAAGCCAGAGGAAUCGGUCGGAGUGGGAUAUGCAGGGCUCGCUGCGGCACUUGAUCGGAUGGCGAAAGGGAGAUCGGUGGCUGGAAUAAACAAGGCGAAGACACUAGAACGCGGGAUCGCCGAGAUCAAGCAACCAUCACAGGCUGUAAAGGCAGCGCCCGCUGGGCCCCCUCCCUCGGUACCCGUUCCACCAGUACCACCGAAACCAUCAUCCGGCAAGGACGAUGUCAGCAGAGAUCCCGGUCUGGGCAGUUCGGGCGGAACAUUGGUUGAGUCAAUGCCGGAAACCAUGUCGUCUGUCCUGUCACUGGAUUCCCUCUCAUUAUCGAGCUCUCACCAUGGGAGAGAUCUAGAGUUAUCACAGACCCGGACUCGUACUACAAACAGUCACCGAGAUGAUCAUCCCCACCUCCAGAGCUCCUCGGCAUCCACUCUAGCUCAGGAGAUGGAUACUAAUCCUAGCUCUGUUCUACCGAGCAAGGCAUCAUACCGGAAACACGAUCUACCUCGCAUGCCGCAACGGUCCCCGAGUAAUACCAGCGCUGCGAAUGUCGGUCAUCUGAAGAAUGCUUUAGCCUCUGCCGUGCGAGCGAGAAACCAUCAAUUAAUGGAACAGCUCCUGGAUAGUGGCGUAUCACCGGACAUGGGAGAGAACACGCAUCCACUGAAUGAGGCGAUUUUGCACCGUGACAUCGAAGGGAUGCGUCUGCUUCUGCUCUUUGGAGCCAACCCGAAUGGACCAGACAAAGACGGAAAGUCACCACUAUUCUCUGCGGUUGAAGGGUCAUUCAUAGAUGGUACGACCUUGCUGUUAAAGUACCGUGCAGACCCAUGUCUCAUGACCGGAUCUGAGCUUGAGUCUCCCCUUGGUUUGUGCAUCACGAGCCUUAAGACGGGUCUUGUUCAUGUCCUACUCGCGCAUGGAGCAGAUCCCAAUCACGAGAUGAGAAAUGGCAGCACAGUGCUCAUCGAAGCUAUCCGGAAGAAGGCUCCUCAACGACUGGUCGAUCUGCUCCUGGAUGCUGGUGCAGAGGCAAAUUUGAAAAACAGGGAAGGGAAGUCGGCGUUGUUUGAAGCGUCCAAACCGACCAGGUGA